AUGUUAACGCCCACCAUUGCCGUAAAAACCGACUUUCUCUACGCUGCUGGAAACACCCCAGCAACCAGCCUGACCCGAUCCGCUCCUCACGGCCAAGAUGUAGAUAUUCUGUCACUAGGAUGUGGCGACUUGCGCAACGUUCUUUACACAACAUAUUUGGAGAAAGGACUUCCUCGCAAUGCCUUCUUUUUGAUUUUCCUCCUUGACGAGGACUGCAAGCUCAGCAAUGAGCAGCUCUGGAAUGUCUAUUACCACUUUUAUGUUGAUGAGGAGACUGCCGCUGCUGUGCUGCAAACCGCCACCAAGCUGCUCACGGCAUCCAAGUCCCUUGAUGAAUGGAACACCAGCAACUUUGCAAAUUCUAUAAAGUUUUGCGAUGCUGACACUCUGUCAGAUAUUCGACGUGUCUGGAUGACCAUCAAGAAUGCAGCAGCUAAGUGCCAGUCGGGAGAUUAUAUGGAGACAUUCCAGCAAAAUAUCAAGCCAUCCAAGGACCAUCAUGAUGAGAUGCUUGGUGAAGGAGGCGCCAAUAUCUCGGCCAUGCGUUCUGCGGCACCUCUAUCUCUGCAGGCAGGCGCAGGGCUUAUAGAAGUGUCCCGAGAGUACUGGAAAGAAGGCACAGUCACGCCACGACAUGCCACGGACAAGUCACCAAAUCCACUCCUCGUUAGUCUCCUCUCUGAAAACAGCCUCCUUCAUUACGGCAGUGACCCCAUCAUGGGCUUUCAUCUGGCUACUGCUUAUGCUGCUCUCCAGGAGGGAUCUCCUCUAGAGCCUAAGGGCACAAAACAAGACUUUCCCGCCUCGGCUGCCGCCAAAACCCAGUUCAAUGAAUGGAUUUCGGCUUUCAAGUCGCUGAAGAAGAACAUAUUGAUCCGAUUUGCCGUUGCUGAUGCGUUGACUCUUUGUCACAGCUUCCAGACCGCUCAAGCAACAGGGAAACCGGCCAAUCUUUACCGAAGGACCUGGGACUCACGCCCACUAGUAUUGGACCUGAAGGAAUAUGGCAAGGGUGGUACAGGGCCUUCAUCGUUCGAUAUGAUCGAUACAUCGAACCUGUGUGACCACAUCGGAGCCAUUAAUAUUCUUAUCGCAGCAGGGCCCCUGCUCAAAGAUGAGCCAUGGGCCUCGUUGUUUACAGAGCUGCUUCUCAAAUCUGGAAAUUCCAAGGACAGUACUUUUGAUAAACUCCUCUGCGGUCAUGCACCUACCAUUUCGUUGCUGCUCGGGUUUAGCCCUGUGCAGUACUGGACCAACGCCAAGACCGACUCUCACGUUGACGAAAUCUUGAUUGGGCUCAUGAACCAAAAGAAAGGAGAGACGCAGACGCGCAAUCGGCUGGCUUGGAAGCGGAACACUUGGCUUUCAGAUCAAGCCAGCCAUGGGAAGCUUCACAUUGACUCCAAGCAACUGAUAAAAUUGCUUUCUCCCCUCUAUGACUAUAUGUUUGAAGCUGAGAACAUUACAAAAGCCCAAAGUAUGGACUUUAGGUCAUACUCGUACGGGCAUUUCAAUCGCGCAAGCUUCGCUGCUAUGCUAAAACUCGUCAUGGCACGAGUCGCGACGGAAUGGCCAACCAUGUGCUCAGCGUUAAUCGACUCUAUUGCCCAAGAGCAUCGCUUUCUGCUAGCUAGUAAUGGUAUGCAGGACUUUUGUCUCCAGCUUCAUCUACAUGGUGUCAAUACCGAGCCUUGGAUCAUACAGGAGAGCAGAUCUAUCUCAGAAGAUGGAGGCUUUAAUCGUUGGAAGUCACUUCCACCAGCAGUCGCUGUUACGGUAGUGAUUCCUCGGAACGCUGUUGCUCGAUUGUAUAAGCACAAGGAAAAGGCUUUCAAGAUAGUAUCGCCACCACUUGUUGGAUCAGUGCGGUCCAGCCAUAAUGCGACAGAAGCAUGGCAAAACAUGUUUGGCGAUGUCCAGAUUGCUUUUGGUAAUGUCGAAACAAAGAAAAUGCCAGAUGAUGAUGAAUUCCAAGUCACCAUCGAAAGAGACAGGGCUGGUUGGGACGGAGACUCGCCUCUCAUUGCAUCUUUCUACGUUCCUACAUCAACUUUACAGAAUGAACCAAAGUCGGCGCUGGUAGGUCUAUGUGUCCCACCAACAGGACAGAACUCAGUCAUCUUUGGACCUAUCCUUGGAAUGACCAUGACCGUCUUUGAGACGCGAAUCGACGACAGAUCAAGCUUAUUCGUAACAAAGCACCUGCCUGGUCAGCACACAUAUCCUGUCCUGUGUGCAGCUGUCAAGCCCCUCGACAAGACAUUGAACGAGGGCCAGGAUGAUAAGUUGACAAAGAUGUUGCUUGAUAUACCACCAUCCGAGUCUACGAUAACCACGAUCACAGGCCAUUUGGAUAUAACCUCGAAGAAAGGAAGGGACCUUCUCAAAAACAAGGUUCCGAUUGAGUUUCGUCAACAGAGUCCCUUUGUUCUUGAUAUUGUAUUUGGCGAAGACAAGCUUAUUUGCCCUCUCAAAUUUCCAGUGCCCAUCACCAAGGAUGGAAUCAAGUCACGAGUUGCUCGAACAACGGGUUACAUCGAGUUGAUAGUACCACUGGCAAAACCAGCUGAUUCUCCAGAGUUAUUGAGAUUCAUUUAUCCCUCAGUAAUCUCUUCAUCGGGCGUACCGGCAAGUCUGAACAUGCCGCAUCUAAACCUUGAUAAUCUCCCAGUUCUUGAUCUAGAGAAUGAGGACAGGAACCGGUGGAUGGUAACCUUGACAUCACUGAUGUUCUCAACCCGAGAGAAGCACUUACGUAACGUACGUGACGAAAGCGGCAUCUCGCAUGAUCCAGCGGUCAACUUCAAGGAAUCCAUCUUCACCAUGUUCAUGAUUGCUUCGGGCUUGCAGGGUGGCCAGACAGGCUUGUUCGCCAUCAACCACCCUGAACGAGGCGGUAUUCAUAUGCUGGUUUUCGUAUCAGCCAUCAGAAUUGACGGAGACGCAGCCUCCGUGGUUCUUGAUGCGGCUGUCAUUCCUUUCACGAUGGAUCUUAUCUCAUCAGGCCGAAUGGAAUCCUUCCUUCUCAUGCUCAGGGAACUUGAGUGCGGCAGCGUCGCCGUUGAUGAUGCAGAACUCGAACUCUGGAAGAAGGCCCUCCCAUCUAUGGUAGAGCGAUGCCGCACUUGGUCUCACGGCAAGAAAUGCGAGUACAAGAGGAAAGGAGCCACGAUACCACUGAGCACUAAAGAUGGCGAGCAAGUCUUGUGUUCAUGCGGAAACGGUCGUCUACCUAAAGAUUUUGUUUCACUGCCCGAGUGGGCCAAUGCGGCACCUAACGCUGUUCGAAUCGCAAUCAGCCCAACCUACACAGUCCCGUUCAACGAGGAAGUCAUUAAUCCAGCCGAACUUCCUCAAGGAACUCCAGUAACUCGAGUCGAGCGAUGUAGAAGUUGCGGAAAGUCAGAGAAUGAAGAAGGGAUAACGCUCAAGAAGUGUUCACGCUGCCAAAAGGUCAAAUACUGCUGUGGAGAUUGUCAGAAGAGGGAUUGGAAGAAACAUCGUGCUGAGUGUAAAUGA